AAGCCGGAGCCGGAGCCGGUGCCGGUGCGGGCGGAGCCCCCGGGGCCAUUUUCCCCCGGAGCCCCCGCGCUACCGGUGCCGGUGCUCCCCGCCGGUGCCGCAUCCCCUCCGGAGCCCUCCCGGUGCCGGCGCCGUUUCUCUCCCCCCCGGUCAUGCCCCCCCGGCGCGUCUUGGCGGAGAUCGUGGCGCUCGGAGCCGGGGUCGGCGGCGAUGGCGGAGGAGAGCUCGAGCGGCAGCAGCGGCUCGCCUGGCGCCGGGGACACGCUGCCCUGGAACCUGGGCAAGCACCAGCGCUCCCAGCGCGCCAAGGCGGCCGCGGGCAACGGGACGGUGCUGGACCCCGCCGAGAGAGCCGUCAUCCGCAUCGCAGAUGAGCGAGAUCGUGUCCAGAAGAAAACCUUCACCAAAUGGGUCAACAAGCACCUUAUCAAGCACUGGCGACCAGAGGCGCAGCGCCAUGUCAACGACCUGUACGAGGACCUGCGGGACGGGCACAACCUCAUCUCGCUGCUGGAGGUGCUGUCGGGUGACACCCUGCCCCGGGAGCGCGACGUCCUGCGGACCUUGCGGUUGCCCCGGGAGAAGGGCCGGAUGCGCUUCCACAAGCUGCAGAAUGUCCAGAUUGCCCUCAACUACCUGAAGCACCGGCAGGUGAAGCUGGUGAACAUCCGCAACGAUGACAUCGCCGACGGCAACCCCAAACUGACACUGGGGCUCAUCUGGACCAUCAUCCUGCACUUCCAGAUCUCAGACAUCCAGGUGACCGGGCAGUCGGAGGACAUGACAGCCAAGGAGAAGCUGCUGCUGUGGUCCCAGCGGAUGGUGGAGGAUUACCAGGGCCUGCGCUGCGACAACUUCACCACCAGCUGGCGGGACGGGCGCCUCUUCAACGCCAUCAUCCACCGGCACAGGCCAAUGCUGAUCGACAUGAGCCGGGUGUACCGCCAGAACAACCUGGAGAACCUGGACCAGGCCUUCACCGUGGCCGAGCGGGAACUGGGGGUGACGCGGCUGCUGGACCCCGAAGACGUGGACGUGGCGCAGCCCGACGAGAAGUCCAUCAUCACCUACGUGUCCUCGCUGUACGACGCCAUGCCGCGCGUGCCCGAGGUGCAGGACGGCGUCAAGGCCAACGAGCUGCAGCUGCGCUGGCAGGAGUACUACGAGGUGGUGACGGGGCUGCUGCAGUGGAGCCGGCAGCACUCGGCACUCUUCGAGGAGCGGCGCCUCCCUGCCAGCUACGAGGAGAUCGAGAUCCUCUGGCGCCAGUUCCUCAAGUUCAAGGAGACGGAGCUGCCGGCUCGGGAGGCCGACAAGAACCGCUCCAAAGCCAUCUUCCAGGCGCUGGAGGGCGCGGUGCAGUCGGGCCAGCUGAAGGUGCCCCCCGGGUACCACCCCCUGGACGUGGAGAAGGAGUGGGGGCGGCUGCACGUGGCCGUGCUGGAGCGGGAGAAGCUGCUGCGGGCUGAGUUCGAGAGGCUGGAGCGGCUGCAGCGUGUGGUCACCAAGCUGCAGAUGGAGUCGGGGCUCUGUGAGGAGCAGCUGAACCAGGCGGAUGCUCUGCUGCAGGCGGACGUGCGGCUGCUGGCGGCCGGGAAGGCGCCGCAGAAGGCGGCAGAGGUGGAGAGGGACCUGGACAAGGCGGAUGCCAUGAUCCGGCUGCUCUUCAACGACGUGCAGACCCUCAAGGACGGGCGGCACCCGCAGGGCGAGCAGAUGUACCGUCGCGUGUACCGCCUGCACGAGCGCCUGGUGUCCAUCCGCACCGAGUACAACCUGCGGCUCAAGUCGGGGGCGCCGGUGACAGCGGUGACAUCCGUGGCGGUGACAGCGGCGCAGCAGCAGCGGCGGCCGCAGCCCGACGACGCUCCCCUGCGCUACCUGCAGGAGCUGCUGGCCUGGGUGGAGGAGAACCAGCGGCGGGUGGCCACGGCCGAGUGGGGCGCCGACCUGCCCACCGUGGAGACACACCUGGGCGCCCACCGCGGGCUGCACCGCGCCAUCGAGGAGUUCCGCGCCAAGGUGGAGCGGGCACGGGCUGAUGAGAGCCAGCUGUCCCCUGGCCCCAGUGGCGCCUACCGGGAGUGCCUGGGCAAGCUGGAGCUGCAGUACGCCAAGCUGCUGAACUCCUCCAAGUCGCGGCUGCGGCACCUGGAGAGCCUCCACGGCUUCGUCAGCGCCGCCACCAAGGAGCUGCUGUGGCUGAGCGAGCGCGAGGAGGAGGAGGUGGCCUUUGACUGGAGCCACAACAACCCCGCCAUGGCGGCCAAGAAGGAGAGCUACUCGGCGCUGAUGCGGGAGCUGGAGCUGCGGGAGCGGCGGAUCCAGGAGCUGCGGACCUCGGGGGAGCGGCUGCUGCGGGAGGAGCACCCCGGGGCACAGACCCUGGAGGCGUUCCUGGCGGCGCUGCAGACCCAGUGGAGCUGGAUGCUCCAGCUCUGCUGCUGCAUCGAGACCCACCUGAAGGAGAACACCAACUACUUCCAGUUCUUUGCUGAGGUGCGGGAGGCUGAGGAGCUGCUGCGCAAGACGGAGGAGACGAUGCGGCGCAAGUUCAGCUGUGACCGCGGCACCACGGCCACACGCCUCGAGGACCUGCUGCAGGACCUGGCGGAGCAGAAGGAGCAGCUGGCGGAGCUGGGGACGCAGCUGGGGGCUCUGUCCCGCCGUGCCAGGACCAUUGUGCAGCUGAAGCCACGCAGCCCCUCGACACCCCUGCAGGGCCGGCCCCCCAUCCAGGCCGUCUGUGACUACAAGCAAAUGGAGGUGACCGUGCACAAGAACGACACCUGUGCCCUGGUGAACCACGCGCAGCCACAGCAGUGGCGGGUGCUGAGCGCCGCAGGCAGCGAGGCCGUCGUGCCCUCGGUCUGCUUCCUCCUGCCACCCCCCAACAAGGAGGCUCUGGAUGCCGUGCACAGGCUGGAGGGCACCCACCAGCAGCUGCUGGGGCUGUGGCAGCAGCUGCACCAGGACCUGCGCAGCCUCCGCGCCUGGCAGUACCUGAUGCGGGACAUCCAGCAGAUCCACUCCUGGACGCAGGUCACGUUCCGCACGCUGCCGGCCGAGGAGGUGCGCCAGGUGCUGUCCAGCCUGGAGAGGCACUACCAGGAGUUCCUGCGGGACAGCCAGGACUCGCAGAGCUUCCAGCCCGACGACCGGCUGCAGGUGGAGCGUGACUACAACGCCUGCACUCACAAGUAUGAGCUGCUGCUGCGGAGCCAGGAGAAAGGAGAGCAGGAUGAGUCUCUGUGCAAGAGCUACAUCUCGCAGCUGAAGGACAUCCGGCUGCAGCUGGAGAGCUGCGAGAGCCGCACCGUGCACCGCCUGCGCCUGCCCCUCAAGGCCGACCCGCUGCGCGAGUGCGCCCAGCGCCAGGCGGAGCAGCAGCAAACACACCUGGAGCUGGAGGGCAUCCAGAAGAACCUGGCCAAGGUCAGCGAGAAGACGGAGCAGGUGCUGGCACAGCCGGAGCAGGCGGGCUCGGCCCCUGUGCUGCGCUCUGAGCUGGAGGUCACCCUGCGCAAGAUGGAGCAGGUCUACAGCCUGUCCAGCAUCUACCUGGAGAAGCUGAAGACCAUCGGGCUGGUGAUCCGGAGCACGCAGGGGGCUGAGGAGCUGCUCCGCAAGUACGAGGAGCAGCUGAAGGACGUGCAGGCAGUGCCGGCCGACCUGGCUGAGCUGGAGGCCAGCAAGGCUGAGCUUAAGCGGCUGCGGGCACAGGCCGAGGGGCACCAGCCCUUCUUCAGCACGCUGGAGACCGACCUGGGCAAGGCCAAGGACGUCAACGAGCGGAUGGUGCGCGGGCACAGCGAGCGGGACGUGGACCUGGAGCGGUACCGGGAGCGGGUGCAGCAGCUGCUGGAGCGCUGGCAGGCCGUGCUGGGCCAGGCCGACCUGCGGCAGCGCGAGCUGGACCAGCUGGGCCGCCAGCUGGGCUACUACCGGCAGAGCUGCGACGCGCUGCGCCAGUGGAUCCGCGACGCCCGGCAGCGCCAGGAGGCCAUCCAGGCCGUGCCCAUCACUGACAGCCAGGCCGUGCGCGAGCAGCUGCUGCAGGAGAAGAAACUGCUGGAGGAAUGUGAGCAGCACAAGGAGAAGGUGGAGGAGUGCCAGCGCUAUGCCAAGCAGUAUAUCGACGCCAUCAAGGACUACGAGCUGCAGCUGGUGAGCUUCAAGGCACAGGUGGAGCCAGUGGCAUCGCCGGCCAAGAAGCCCAAAGUGCAGUCGGCAUCUGACAGCAUCAUCCAGGAGUACGUGGACCUGCGGACGCAGUACAGUGAGCUGACCACGCUCACCACCCAGUACAUCAAGUUCAUCACCGAGACACUGCGGCGGCUGGAGGACGAGGAGAAAGCCGCCGAGAAGCUGAAAGAGGAGGAGAGGAAGCGGCUGGCGGAGGUGGAGGCGCAGCUGGAGAAGCAGCGGCAGCUGGCCGAGGCCCACGCCAAAGCCAAGGCACAGGCGGAGGCGGAGGCGCGGGAGCUGCAGCUCCGCAUGCAGGAGGAGGUCACCCGGCGGGAGGUGGUGGCCGUGGAUGCCGAGCAGCAGAAGCAGAACAUCCAGCAGGAGCUGAUGCAGCUACGGCAGAACUCGGACCACCAGAUCAAGUCCAAGGUGAAGCUCAUCGAGGAGGCCGAAUACAACCGCAAGAAGGUGGAGGAGGAGAUCCGCCUCAUCCGCCUGCAGCUGGAGAGCACCGAGAAGCAGCGGGAGAGCGCAGAGACAGAGCUGCAGGAGCUGCGGGCGCGUGCCGAAGAUGCCGAGCGGCAGAAGCGGCAGGCGCAGGAGGAGGCCGAGCGCCUGCGCCGGCAGGUGAAGGAGGAGAGCCAGAAGAAGCGCGAGGCGGAGGAGGAGCUGAAGCGCAAGGUGCAGGCUGAGCGCGAAGCAGCUCGGGAGAAGCAGAAGGCAGUGGCAGACCUGGAGCAGCUGCGGCUGCAGGCGGAGGAGGCUGAGCGACGCAUGCGGCAGGCAGAGGCCGAGAAGGACCGGCAGAUCCAGGUGGCCCAGGAGGUAGCCCAGCGCAGCGCUGAGGCCGAGCUGCAGAGCAAGAGGCUCUCUUUUGCUGAGAAGACAGCGCAGCUGGAGCUGUCGCUGCAGCAGGAGCACGAUGUGGUGGCCCAGCUGCAGGAGGAGGCCGAGCGGCUGAAGAAGCAGCAGCUGGAGGCUGAGCGCUCACGGGAGGAGGCUGAGAAGGAGCUGGAGCGCUGGCGGCAGAAAGCCAACGAGGCGCUGCGCCUGCGGCUGCAGGCCGAAGAGGUGGCCCACAAAAAGUCGCUGGCACAGGAGGAGGCCGAGAAGCAGAAGGAGGAUGCAGAGCGCGAGGCCCGCAAGCGUGCCAAGGCAGAGGAGGUGGCCGUGCGGCAGAAGGAGCUGGCAGAGGAAGAGCUGGAAAAGCAGAGGGAGCUGGCAGAGGGCACAGCCCAGCAGAAGCUGGCGGCAGAGCAGGAACUGAUCCGGCUGAAGGCGGAGAUGGAGAACGGGGAGCAGCAGCGCCUGCUCCUGGAGGAAGAGCUCUCGCGGUUGAAGGGCGAGGUGAACGAGGCCAUCCAGAGGAGGAAAGAGCUGGAGGAGGAACUGGCCAAGCUGCGGGCAGAGAUGGAGGUCCUGCUGGAGAGCAAGGCCAAGACAGAGGAGGAGUCGCGCUCCAGCAGCGAGAAGUCCAAGCAGCGGCUGGAGGCGGAGGCCAACAAGCUGCGGGAGCUGGCCGAGGAGGCCGCCCGCCUGCGCGCCCUCUCUGAAGAGGCCAAGCGGCAGCGGCAGCUGGCAGAGGACGAGGCCACCCGGCAGCGGGCCGAGGCUGAGCGCAUCCUGAAGGAGAAGCUGGCGGCCAUCAACGAGGCCUCACGGCUGAAGGCGGAGGCGGAGAUUGCGCUGAAGGAGAAGGAGGCGGAGAAUGAACGGCUGCGGCGGCUGGCAGAGGACGAGGCCUACCAGCGCAAGCUGCUGGAGGAACAGGCGGCCCAACACAAGCAGGACAUCGAGGAGAAGAUUGCCCUGCUGAAGCGCUCCUCAGAGAGCGAGCUGGAGAGGCAGAAGGGGCUCGUGGAGGAUACACUGCGGCAGAGGCGACAGGUGGAGGAGGAGAUCCGCGCCCUCAAGGCCAGCUUCGAGAGGGCCUCAGCUGGCAAGAGCGAGCUGGAGCGAGAGCUGAACCGCAUCCGUGGGGAGGCAGAGGAGGUGCAGCGCAGCCGGGAGCAGGCGGAGCGGGAGGCUGAGCGGCAGCGGGCCCUGGCGCUGGAGGAGGAGGGCCGCCGGCGUGAGGCCGAAGAGAAGGUGCAGGCCAUCCUGGCGGCCGAGGAGGAGGCCGGGCGGCAGCGGCGGCUGGCCCUGGAGGAAGUGGAGCGGCUGCGGGCCAUGGUGGAGGAGGCGCGGCGGCAGAAGGAACUGGCAGAGAAGGAGUCGGAGCGGCAGAUCCAGCUGGCACGGGAGGCGGCGCAGAAGCGGAUUGCGGCAGAGGAGAAGGCGCACCUGGCUGCCGUGCAGCAGAAGGAGCAGGAGCUGCUGCAGACGCGCCAGCAGGAGCAGAGCCUCCUGGACCGGCUGCGCGAGGAGGCCGACCGGGCCCGGCGGGCGGCUGAAGAGGCUGAGUUUGCCCGUGGUAAGGCCGAGCAGGAUGCCAGCUUGUCCCGGCAGCGCGUGGAGGAGGCUGAGCGGCUGAAGCAGCGGGCAGAGGAGGAGGCGCAGGCCAAGGCACAGGCGCAGGCGGAUGCAGAGAAGCUGCGGAAGGAGGCUGAGCUGGAGGCAGCGAAACGGGCGCAGGCAGAGCAGGCGGCCCUGAGGCAGAAGCAGCUGGCCGAUGCCGAGAUGGAGAAGCACAAGAAGUUUGCCGAGCAGACACUGCGGCAGAAGGCGCAGGUGGAGCAGGAGCUGACCAAGGUGAAGUUGCAGCUGGAUGAGACAGACCACCAGAAGGGCAUCCUGGAUGAGGAGCUGCAGCGGCUGAAGGAGGAGGUGACAGACGCUGUCCGGCAGAAGGCCCAGGUGGAGGAGGAACUCUUCAAGGUCCGGGUGCAGAUGGAAGAGCUGGCCAAGCUGAAGAGCCGCAUCGAGGAGGAGAACAAGGCGCUGAUCCUCAAGGACAAGGACAACACGCAGAAGUUCCUGGCGGAGGAGGCAGAGAAGAUGAAGCAGGUGGCAGAGGAGGUGGCCCGGCUGAGCGUGGAGGCGCAGGAGGCCGCCCGCAUGCGGCAGCUGGCUGAGGAUGACCUGGCACAGCAGCGGGCGCUGGCAGAGAAGAUGCUGAAGGAGAAGAUGCAGGCAGUGCAGGAGGCCACGCGGCUGCGGGCCGAGGCUGAAAUGCUGCAGAAGCAGAAGGAUCUGGCGCAGGAACACGCCAAGAAGCUGCAGGAGGACAAGGAGCAGAUGCAGCAGCGCCUGGCUGAGGAGACCGAAGGCUUCCAGAAGACGCUGGAGGCUGAGCGCCGGCGGCAGCUGGACAUCACGGCUGAGGCCGAGCGCCUCAAGCUGCAGGUGGCAGAGAUGAGCAUGGCCCAGGCCAAGGCUGAGGAGGAAGCCAAGCGGUUCAAAAAGCAGGCAGAGGAGAUCAGUGAGAGGCUGCACGAGACUGAGCUGGCCACACAGGAGAAGAUGACAAUGGUGCACACCCUGGAGAUCCAGAGACACCAGAGCGAUGAGGAUGCCGAAAAGCUGCGGAAGGCCAUCGCUGACCUGGAGAAGGAGAAGGAGAAGCUGAAACAGGAGGCAGCGCUGCUGCAGCAGAAGGCAGAGGAGAUGCAGGUGGCCCAGCAGGCUCAGCUCCGUCAGGAGACGCAGCUCCUGCAGCAGAGCUUCCUGACGGAGAAAGAUGCCCUGCUGCAGAAGGAGAAGUUCAUUGAGGAGGAGAAAUCGAAGCUGGAGAAGCUCUUCAAGGAUGAGGUGAACAAAGCCCAGAAUCUGAAGGCAGAGCAGGAGCGGCAGCAGCGGGAGAUGGAGCAGGAGAAGCAGCAGUUGAAAGCUAUGUUGGACGAAGCCAAGAAGCAUCAAAAGGAAGCUGAGGAAAACGUCCGGCACAAGCAGGAGGAGCUACAGCAGCUGGAGAAGCAGCGACAGCAGCAGGAGAAACUUCUGGAAGAAGAGAACCAGAAGCUGAGGGAGAGGCUCGAGCAGAUGCAGGAGGAGUACAAGGCUGCCCUGGCCCAGAGGCGGGAGAUCAUGAUCCAGACAGAUGACCUGCCUGGGGAGGCGGUUACAACAACACAGCUGCUGGAUGUCAAGGCUGUGCCCAAUGGCCGGGAUGCAAUGGACGGCUUAGCCCAGAAUGGGGAGCCGGAGUUCGCCUUUGACGGCAUCCGGCAGAAGGUGUCAGCAGAGAAGCUGGCUGAUGCUGGCAUUCUGAGCAGGGAGAACUUGGACAAGUUGGCAAAGGGUGUUGUGAGUGUGGAUGAGCUCUCUCAGAGGGAGGAUGUCAAGAAGUACCUGCAGGGCAAGAGCAGCAUUGCCGGUUUGCUGAUCAAACCCUCCAACCAGAAGAUGAGCAUCUAUGAAGCCAUGAAGAAGAAGCUGCUCAGCCCAGGCACAGCGCUGGUGCUCCUGGAGGCACAGGCUGCUUCUGGCUUCAUCAUUGACCCUGUGAGGAACGCAAGGCUCUCGGUGAACGAGGCGGUGCGAGAGGGGGUGAUCGGGCCUGAGCUGCACAACAAGAUGCUGUCAGCUGAGCGAGCUGUCACCGGCUAUAAGGAUCCGUACACAGGUGACAAGAUCUCCCUGUUCCAGGCCAUGCAGAAGGAUCUCAUCGUCAGGGACCACGGCAUCCGCCUGCUCGAGGCCCAGAUCGCCACUGGUGGCAUCAUCGAUCCUGUCAACAGCCACCGCCUGCCUGUGGAAGCCGCCUACAAGCGUGGCUACUUCGAUGAGGAGAUGAAUCAGGUCCUGUCUGACCCCACUGAUGACACCAAGGGCUUCUUCGACCCCAACACUCAGGAGAACCUCACCUACCUGCAGCUCAUGGAGCGGUGCGUGACUGACCCGGACACAGGGCUGUGCCUCCUGCCGCUCACUGACCAAGCAACCAAGGCCAGAGAGCUGGUCUACACUGACAAGGAAGCCAAGGAUGUCUUCAAGAAGGCCACAGUGACAGCACCGUUUGGCAAGUUCCAAGGGAAGACGAUGACCAUCUGGGAGCUCAUCAACUCUGAAUAUUUCACUGAGGACCAAAGGCGGGACCUGAUCCAGCAGUACAGGACUGGCAAGAUCACAGUCGAGAAGAUCAUCAAGAUUGUCAUCACGGUUGUGGAGGAAAGUGAGAAGAAGAGCCAGAUGUGCUUUGAAGGCCUGCGGGGCCCCGUGCCUGCUGCUGAGCUGCUGGAGAGCAAGAUCAUCAACAAGGACCUCUACAACCAGCUGCACCAGGGCAAGAAGUCCGUAAAGGAUGUGGCAGAGAUGGAGUCCGUACGGCAGUACCUGAAGGGCACAGAUGCCAUCGCUGGUGUCCUGGUGGAAUCUACGGGUCAGAAGCUCACCUUCUAUGAGGCCCUGAAGAGAAACCUGCUGAGGCCAGAGGUUGCCCUUUCCCUGCUGGAGGCACAAGCUGCCACCGGCUACAUCAUUGACCCUGUGGGUAACAAGCUCUUCUCUGUGGACGAGGCAGUGAAGGCCGAGGUGGUGGGGCCAGAGUUCCACGAGAAGCUGCUGUCGGCAGAGAAGGCGGUGACUGGCUACAAGGAUCCCUACACGGGUCAGACGGUUUCCCUCUACCAAGCACUCCAGAAGGGCCUCAUCCCCAGUGACACUGGGCUCCGGCUGCUGGAUGUCCAGCUUGCCACUGGUGGCAUCAUUGACCCCGUCAACAGCCACCGGCUCCCGCUUGAGGUCGCCUACAAGCGCGGCUACUUCGACCCAGAGAUAAACAAGGCUCUGACUGAGUUCCAAGAUGACGCCAAGGCUUUCUACUGUCCCAACACCCGGGAACACCUCACCUAUGCCCAGCUGCAGAAGAGCUGCCACCGCGACAAGCAGACUGGCCUGUGCCUGCUGCCCCUGUCCGACGAGGCAAUCCAGUCACAGCAGGAGGAGAUCUACACCGACAGCCAGGCCAAGGAGUGCUUUGACAAAGCAACCAUCGAGGUCCCAGUGGGCAGCAUGAAGGGCAAGACAAUGACCAUCUGGGAACUGAUCCACUCUGAAUACUUCACAGAGGAGCACAGGCGGGAGCUCCUCCGACAGUACAAGACCGGCAAAGUGACAAUCGAGAAGAUCAUCAAGAUUGUGAUCACCAUCAUCGAGGAGGCAGAGACCAAAAAGCAGGAGAAACUGACAUUCAGUGGUCUGCGGGCUCCGGUGCCAGCCAGCGAGCUGCUGGAGUCCUGCAUCAUCAGCAAAACCCAGUACGAGCAGCUGAAGGAAGGCAAAAAAUCAGUGAAGGACCUCUCGGAGACAGAUGCAGUGAGGAGAUUCCUGCAUGGCAGCGACUGCAUCGCCGGUGUCUAUGUAGAGGCCACCAAGGAGAAGCUGAACAUCUAUGAGGCCAUGAGGAGGAACCUACUGAGACCCAGCACUGCCGUGGUCCUCCUGGAGGCCCAGGCAGCCACUGGGUUCUUGAUCGACCCUGUGAAGAACCGUAAACUGUAUGUCAAUGAGGCUGUGAAGGCUGGCAUUGUCGGGCCUGAGCUGCACGAGAAGCUGCUGUCGGCUGAGAAGGCUGUCACGGGCUACAAGGAUCCCUACUCAGGCGAUACCAUCUCCCUGUUCCAAGCCAUGAAGAAAGGGCUGAUUGUCAAGGAGCACGGCAUCCGCCUGCUGGAGGCCCAGAUCGCCACCGGCGGCAUCAUCGACCCCGUGCACAGCCACCGCCUGCCUGUGGAGGUGGCCUACAAGCGUGGCUACUUCGACGAGGAGAUGAACCGGACCCUCUCCGACCCCACUGAUGACACCAAGGGCUUCUUCGACCCCAACACUCAGGAGAACCUCACCUACGUGCAGCUGAAGGAGAGGUGCAUCGAGGAUCCCGAGACGGGCCUGUACCUGCUGCCUCUGCGGGAGCCUGAGAAGCCAAAAGUGGUGGAAACCACUCACGUGUACACAGAAGCAGAGACACGGAAGGUGUUUGAGGAGACACAGGUGGACAUCCCUGUGGGCAGCCGGGCAGGCUCCACCAUGUCUCUGUGGGAUGUCAUGCACUCAGACCUGCUGCCCGAGGAGCAGCGUAAACAUCUCAUGGAGGAGUUCCAGUCGGGCCGCGUGUCCAAGGAGCGCAUGAUCAUCAUUAUCAUCGAGAUCAUCGAGAAGACUGAGAUCAUCCGUCAGCAGAAUCUCACGUCCUAUGACUACGUCCGGCGCCGCAUCACAGCUGAGGACCUCUACGAGGCCAAGAUCAUCACACAGGACAUCUACAAUCUGCUGAAACAGGGCUCCAAAACCUUCCGGGAGCUCCUGGAUGUGGAGACUGUCUGGAAGUACCUUUACGGGUCGGGCUGUGUGGCUGGCAUCUACAUCCCCUCCUCCAAGCAGACUCUCAGUGUCUACCAGGCGCUGAAGAAGGGGCUGAUCAAUUCUGAAGUGGCCCGCUCCCUCCUGGAGGCCCAGGCAGCCACUGGCUUCAUGAUCGACCCCACAAAGAACGAAAUGCUGACUGUUGAUGAGGCGGUCAGGAAGGGCGUGGUGGGGCCAGAGAUCCACGACCGGCUCCUGUCGGCAGAGAGGGCUGUGACCGGCUACAGAGACCCCUACAGUGAACAGAAGAUUUCCCUCUUCCAGGCCAUGAAGAAGGAUCUCAUUCCCAGCGAAGAGGCCCUCAAGCUCCUAGAUGCCCAGAUCGCCACCGGCGGCAUCAUUGACCCACACUUGGGCUUCCAUCUGCCCUUGGAGGUGGCUCUCCAGCGGGGCUUCAUCAACAAGGAGACGUAUGACAUGCUGUCGGAGCCCAGCGAGGUGCGCAGCUACGUGGACCCCUCCACAGAUGAGAAGCUCAGCUACACGCAGCUGCUGAAGCGGUGCCGCAAGGACGAGAACUCCCGGCUCCUCCUGCUCCCGCUCUGUGACACACGGAAGCUCACCUUCCGGGGCCUGAGGAAGCAGAUCACAGUGGAGGAGCUGGUCCUUUCGAAGGUGAUGGAUGAAGCCACAGCCCAGCGCCUCCAGGAGGGUCUCACCUCUGUCGAGGAGGUCUCUAAGAACUUGAAGAAGUUCCUGGAAGGCACCAGCUGCAUCGCUGGUGUCUUUGUGGACUCCACAAAGGAGCGUCUAUCCAUCUACCAGGCCAUGAAGAAGGGGAUCAUCCGGCCCGGCACUGCCUUCGAGCUCCUGGAGGCACAGGCAGCCACAGGCUACGUGAUUGACCCCAUCAAGGGCCUCAAACUGACAGUGGAGGAAGCUGUGCGCAUGGGCAUUGUGGGCCCUGAGUUCAAGGACAAGCUGCUCUCUGCCGAGCGGGCCGUCACUGGCUACCGGGACCCCUACACUGGAAAGCUCAUCUCCCUCUUCCAGGCUAUGAAGAAGGGUCUGAUCCUGAAGGACCACGGGAUCCGCCUGCUGGAGGCACAGAUCGCCACGGGAGGCAUCAUUGACCCUGAGGAGAGCCACCGCCUGCCUGUGGAGGUGGCCUACAAGAGAGGCCUCUUUGACGAGGAGAUGAAUGAGAUCCUGCUGGACCCUAGUGAUGACACCAAGGGCUUCUUCGACCCCAACACAGAGGAGAACCUCACCUACCUGCAGCUCAUGGAGCGGUGCAUCACGGACCCGGAGACCGGCCUCUGCCUCCUGCCUCUGAAGGAGAAGAAGCGGGAGAGGAAGACGUCCUCCAAGUCCUCUGUCCGCAAGCGCCGGGUGGUGAUUGUUGACCCAGAGACAGGCAAGGAGAUGUCCGUGUACGAAGCCUAUCGCAAAGGCCUCAUUGACCACCAGACUUACCUGGAGCUGUCAGAGCAGGAGUGCGAGUGGGAGGAGAUCACCACCUCCUCCUCCGAUGGCGUGGUGAAGUCAAUGAUCAUCGACAGGCGCUCAGGGCGCCAGUAUGACAUUGACGAUGCCAUUGGCAAGGGUCUGAUUGACCAGUCAGCGCUGGACCAGUACCGCUCGGGCACCCUCUCCAUCACCGAGUUUGCCGACAUGCUCUCUGGCAACAUGGGUGGCUUCCGGUCACGGUCAUCCUCGGUUGGAUCCUCCUCCUCCUACACUGCCAGCCCAGCCCUGUCACGGACCCAGAUCUCCAUGUGGACUGACCCAACCGAAGAGACUGGGCCAGUGGCAGGCAUCCUGGACACGGACACUCUGGAGAAGGUGUCCAUCACGGAGGCGAUGCGCCGUAACCUGGUGGACAACAUCACAGGGCAGCGGCUGCUGGAAGCCCAGGCCUGCACCGGGGGCAUCAUCGACCCCAACACCGGUGACAAAUGCACCGUUGCCGAUGCGGUCGCCAAGGGCCUAGUUGACAAGAUCAUGGUGGACCGCAUCAACCUGGCGCAGAAGGCCUUCUACGGCUUUGAGGACCCGCGGACCAAGACGAAGAUGUCGGCGGCACAGGCCCUGAAGAAGGGCUGGCUCUACUACGAGGCUGGGCAGCGGUUCCUGGAGGUGCAGUACUUGACCGGGGGCCUGAUUGAGCCCGAUGCCCCAGGCCGUGUCUCCCUGGAUGACGCGCUGCAGAAGGGCACUAUUGAUGCGCGGACUGCCCAGAAGCUGCGGGAUGUCAACACCUACUCCAAGUACCUCACCUGCCCCAAGACCAAGCUCAAGAUCUCCUACAAGGACGCCAUGGACCGGAGCAUGAUCGAGGAUGGGACCGGCCUGCGGCUGCUGGAGGCCUCCUCCCAAUCCAGCAAGGGCUACUAUAGCCCCUACAACAUCAGCAGCGCCGGCUCCACCUCUGGAUCGCGCUCGGGCUCUCGCACCGGCUCCCGCUCAGGCUCCCGGCGCGGCAGUUUUGACGCCACUGGCUCCAGCUUCUCCAUGACCUUCUCUUCCUCCUCCUACUCCUCCUCGAGUUUCGGGCGCAGAUACACGGGGGGUACCCAGGGCACCGUGGAGGAGGCUGCCCUUGCCCUUGCCCUGGCCGCAUCCAGAAGCUGCGGGUGGGAGGCGAGCAGGGAGUGCCCCGGGGUGUCUGGGCCCCUGCUCCACGUGGCCUGAGACCUGCCAGCCCCCCGAGGUGCCGCCUCACCCGCUCCGCAUGUGGCAACGCUGCUGGCUAAUCACUAGUAUUUUUUUUAAUUUUGAACCUCCACUCUUCUCCCAAAGCAGUGCCUCAAGUUUAACCAAAAAGACAAGACUAAUAAAUUAAUAUAUGCGAA